AGAAAGGAUUUUUUUUUACUUUUUUUUUGAAAUGGCUUGGAAUAACAAUGGAAGAAGGCUUUUUUGGUGGAUGUGCUCUAGGCACAACAACAAAAGACUGUGUAAAAUCUCACAAAAAAUAAAGUCUCAAAUGUUUAGGCACACUAUGUCAAUUGUUUUAACAAUACUGUUAUUGGUUCUCAUUUUUCUUUUGGAUUAUCUCACGUCUUGUGUUCUUCGCUCCGUUCACCGAGAUUUUUUGUCAACACAAAAAUAUCAUCACCAAGAGCCACUUAAAGAAGAGGAAAGAGGCUCGGUUAAAAUGUAUGAUCGACUCCUAACUCUGGCUGCAACAUCUCUUGCAGAGCAGGCAGAGGUGAAUAAAAAAGAUGAAUUGAGGCUAUGGGAAGAGCCAUAUUCUACAGCCUCUAAAUGGAAGCCUUGUGCAGAUAGAGAAAGUCCUAAAGAUGUGAGGACAGUAAAGCAGGGGAAGACUGGUUACAUAUUGGUCAGUGCAAAUGGAGGCUUGAAUCAACAAAGAGUUGCAGUUUGCAAUGCUGUUGCAGUUGCAUCUCUACUAAAUGCCACAUUGGUCAUACCCAAAUUUCUCUACAGCACUGUUUGGAAAGACCCCAGCCAGUUUGAGGAGAUAUAUCAAGUGGAGCAUUUCAUGCAAACACUGAAAGAGGACAUAGAUAUUGUAAAAGACCUCCCUUCUCACCUCAAACUCCUUGAUUUGGAAACAGCUGGAGCCCUUGUGACUGAUGCAGAUCUGAAAAAGGAAGCAACACCAGAUGAAUACAUAAAGACCAUACUGCCCCUCAUCCUCCGCAAUAGAGUUGUUCAUUUCCUUGGAUUUGGGAACAGGCUUGCUUUUGACCCACUGCCCUUUGAACUGCAGAGAUUGAGGUGCAAAUGCAACUUCCAUGCCCUCAAGUUUGUACAUAGGAUUCAAGAAACAGCAUCUCUACUGGUUAGGCGAAUACGAAAACACAAUGCAAGUAAAGGCACGCUAGACAAGGAACUAUUGGAGAAGUUCACCCCCAAGAACAAGGUUCUUCCCACGGGGAGCUCUUCCAAAUUCUUGGCUUUGCACUUGAGGUUCGAAAUUGACAUGGUGGCUUACUCCAUGUGUGAAUUCGGUGGCGGGGAGAGGGAAACAAAGGAACUUCAAUCCUACAGAGAAGCCCAUUUUCCACUGCUUCUUGAAAGACUCAAGAAAUCAAGGACUAUUUCUCCCGAGGAGCUGAGAAGUGAGGGAAGAUGUCCAUUGACACCGGAAGAAGCCGCACUUGUCCUCGCUGGCCUUGGUUUUAAAUUUGAAACUCGCAUAUAUCUUGCCGGCUCAAGUAUAUAUGGAGGAGAGUCUCGGAUGAAGCCUUUAAGAAGCCUCUAUCCUAAUAUAGUCACAAAGGAAAAUCUUCUAACACACAGUGAACUUGCUCCUUUUAGAAAUUACUCUUCUCGGCUUGCAGCGUUGGACUUCAUUGCAUGCGCAGCAGCUGACGUAUUUGCCAUAACAGACUCCGGCAGCCAGCUAUCAUCUCUAGUUUCUGGAUUCAGAACAUACUAUGGGGACGGGCACGCUCCCACAUUGAGGCCUAGCAAGAAGAGGCUGGCUGCAAUUUUGUUGGAAAACAAGACCAUAAGUUGGCAGAGUUUUAAAGAAAGAAUAGGACAGAUGAUCGACGAGGACCAAACAGUGCAUUUAAGGGGUCCUGGUCGAACAAGCAUAUAUCGACAUCCAAAAUGCAAAGAGUGCAUGUGCCAACUUGAGUAGAUGCAAGCAUUGAUCUGUAUACUUCUCUUCGAUUCAGUACCAAUAGUGUCUCACAUCUGUGGGAGUGAAAGAAUCAUUCUUUUCAGAUUCAUUCAAAACCAAAUUGAAUAAUCCCAAAAGAGAAGUCAUCUUUGAAUGUUUGUUAUGCUAACUCAUCCGAUGUGCCAAUAAAGGACAAAGGAACCA